AACCCUACAUAUUAGAGAGCUUUUGCUCACGAGUAAAAAAAAUCAAAAUCUGUGGGACUGAGCUUGUUCGUGAAUCUUCCGGCGAAAACAAUGGCUCUCGAAUGGACUAUCUUAAGGUACGCCACGGCGGCUGAAGCAAUCAUGAUCAUCCUCUUGACAAUGCCGGGACCAGACUUUCUCCGCAAGGGAAUGACCAUGGUCACACGUAAUCUCAUAAAGCCGUUGUUGUUGAUAAUCCCUUUUUGUCUAUACCUCCGCAUGGACAUCUACUGGAAGUACGAGACUCGAACUUCAUGCAAUGCCGGUUCCUGCAUACUUUCGGAGUUCCUUCGUUACCAGAAAUCCAUCCUAAUAUCCCAGCGUGAUGAGCUCCUUAUCUUGUUGGCUCCCUUUUUAUACUGGAUUCUUUACAACCUCUUGAAUCUGGUCGUCAAAGUCGAGAAGCUUAACAAGCGUGUCGAGAGGCUCAAGAGGAACAUUAAGUAAGCAGCGUCUUAAUCUCAAUGUCCUUUAGUAGUGUUUGCUGUUUUGAGUCUCUAUCUUAUGUUGUUAGGGUUUUAUAGUGUUUUCCAAUCCUUAUGAUAUAGAUUUUGAUAAUUGAUUCGAAAGAAUAGUAACUACUGGCAAGAUGUAGAUUUGAUCACUUUGUUUCUCUCUGCUUUUGUUCUGUUUCUUUAAUACAACUAUUACUUUGAC